AUGACUAAUCAAGAAAAGUGGGUCAAUCUCAGCCCUGCAGAAUUUUCUCAACUUCAAAAGUAUGCAGAGUAUUCGACAAAGAAACUUAAAGAUGUUCUGGAAGAGUUUCAUGGCAAUGGUGUUAUGGCAAAGUAUAAUCCUGAAGAGAAACAAGAUAUUCUUAAGCAAGCAAUUGAUUUUGAAGGAUUCCAGUUGUUUAUGAAAACAUUUCUAGAGGUUGAGCUACCUGAUGAAUUCUGUAAGCAUCUCUUUAUGUCAUUCAGCAACAGAUUCCAUAAUCCUAGCCCUUCACUUCAAAGCAAAACACAGCUUCUUUCAGGAGGACUUCGAAGGAGUUACAGAAGUAAUAGUUCAUCAAGGUCAUCUUCUCCUGUGUCUCUAAGGCCUCCAGAAGUAAUCCAGCUGAAAGAUAUUGUUUGCUACCUAUCUCUUCUUGAACGAGGAAGGCCAGAAGAUAAGCUUGAAUUCAUGUUUCGGCUGUAUGAUACAGAUGGCAAUGGGUACCUGGACAGCACGGAACUUGAAUGUAUCAUCACACAGAUGAUGCAUGUUGCUGAAUAUUUAGAAUGGGAUGUCACAGAGCUUUGUCCUAUACUUCGGGAAAUGAUGGAAGAAAUUGAUUAUGACCAUGAUGGAACUGUAUCAUUAGAUGAAUGGAUCCAAGGUGGAAUGACAACAAUCCCACUCCUUGUUCUCCUUGGCUUAGAAAAUAAUGUUAAGGAUGACGGACAGCAUGUUUGGAGACUAAAGCACUUUAACAAACCUGCCUAUUGCAACCUUUGUUUGAAUAUGUUGAUUGGACUUGGAAAGCAAGGAUUAUGCUGCUCUUUUUGCAAGUAUACAGUUCAUGAACGAUGUGUAUCUAGAGCACCGCCUUCGUGCAUUAAAACAUAUGUUAAGUCAAAAAAGAGCACAAAUGUAAUGCAUCAUUUUUGGGUUGAAGGAAACUGUCCUACCAAAUGUGAAAAAUGCCACAAAGCCAUCAAAUGUUAUCAAGGCCUAACUGGACUUCAUUGUGUGUGGUGUCAGAUUACACUUCACAAUAAAUGUGCUUCACAUCUUAAGCCAGAAUGUGACUGUGGACCAUUGAAAGAUCAUAUUUUACCCCCUACAACAAUAUGUCCAGUCGUACUGGUAAGUGUUCCUAGUAGGGGUGUAUCUAAGCCCCAAGAAAGGCAGUCAACUUUAAAAAGAGAGAAAAAUUGUUCUCAACAACCAAACAAAUCUGGGGAAAGAAUAAAAAUGCAAAGGGCAAACUCUGUAACAGUCGAUGGACAAGGUCUUCAGAUUACACCCGUGUCAGGGACACACCCACUUUUAAUUUUUGUUAAUCCAAAAAGCGGAGGAAAGCAAGGAGAAAGGAUACACAGAAAAUUUCAGUACCUUUUAAAUCCAAGACAGGUUUAUAGUCUUGCUGGGAUUGGACCAAUGCCAGGGUUGAACUUCUUUAGAGAUGCUCCAGACUUUAAAGUGCUUGCGUGUGGAGGAGAUGGAACUGUUGGUUGGAUUUUAGAUUGUAUAGACAAAGCAAAUUUGAUAAAGCAGCCUCCAGUGGCUAUUUUGCCCCUUGGCACUGGCAAUGAUCUGGCAAGAUGUUUAAGAUGGGGUGGAGGCUAUGAAGGUGAGAACCUCAUGAAGACUCUUAAAGAUAUUGAAAAUGCUACAGUUGUUUUGCUUGAUCGAUGGAAAUUUGAAGUUAUUCCAAAUGAUAAAGAUGAAAAAGGAGACCCAGUGCCUUACAGUAUCAUUAAUAAUUACUUUUCUAUUGGAGUGGAUGCAUCAAUUGCUCAUAGAUUUCACACAAUGAGAGAAAAACAUCCUGAGAAGUUCAACAGUCGGAUGAAGAAUAAAUUUUGGUAUUUUGAAUUUGGAACUUCUGAAACAUUCUCUGCAACUUGCAAGAAAUUACAUGAAGCAAUUGAAAUAGAAUGUGAUGGCAUACAGAUGGAUCUGAGUAAUAUUUCCCUAGAGGGAAUUGCUGUUCUAAACAUUCCAAGUAUGCAUGGUGGGUCAAAUUUGUGGGGAGAAACAAGGAAAAGACGAAGUAAUCGACGAGGUGGAAAGAAAACUGCUGACAAGAGACCUACAGUGACUGAUGUUAAAGAGCUAAAGUUCACUAUGCAAGAUCUGAGUGAUCAGCUUGUUGAAGUUGUUGGUCUUGAAGGCGCAAUGGAGAUGGGGCAAAUAUACACAGGACUCAAGAGUGCAGGGAGACGAGUUGCGCAGUGUUCAUCUGUUGUUAUAAGGACCAGCAAGUCCUUGCCAAUGCAAAUAGAUGGAGAGCCAUGGAUGCAGACUCCAUGUACUAUUAAAAUUACUCACAAGAACCAAGCUCCUAUGUUAAUGGGUCCUCCUCCAAAAACCAGUCUCUUCACAUCUCUUAUCAAAGGAACCAGAAACAGAAGCAAGGAAUAG